CCCAUCCAAGACCGCCUCGAUUACUUCUACAACCAAGUCCACAACGAGUUCUUCAAAUCCCGAAUGCAGAAGUACCAGUCAACGGUCUACUGAGUCAACAUGCCCCCGGGCCCUUUCAUAGCCACCAACCCUCGCGUCAUCGUCCUGCUCGACGGGAAAAGCUUCCCCGUCCUCUUCGAUUUGUCCAAAGUCGAGAAGAAGGAUCUCUUCACUGGAACCUACAUGCCCUCCACGGAUCUCACCGGAGGGUACCGAAUAUUGUCCUACCUUGGGAAGGGCCAAGCAAAACGCAACGCAGGGGAAGGGGGGAUUUCGGUAUUGGUAUUACCGACUUACCGUCGUUAUUUACCGAUACCGUGUUCGGUAAACCGAGUCGCCCAAAUUCCCGCUCGGCUGCCGAUACCGUCGGUAAACGGUUUACCGUUUACCGGGUUACCGUUUACCACCCCUAUGUCGGAGUUACUCAAGCCAAGAGGGCAGAAGAAGCUGAGGUAGAUGUAGAGUCUGUGGAACCUGAGGGUACCGCAGAAGAUAAUUUCUCCCGGGCCGAUAACUUUACUGACUUAUCUAACGGGGAUAUUUUGGAGUACGAGUCUGAUUCGGAGUAUGAUUUCUAGAGUAGUAUAAGAGUUAGGGGGAGGAGUUAUUUUUCCUGAGAGUAGAAUUGAACUUUUCUGAAGGUUUUGUUUUGAGUUGGUCUUUAUUUUUUAAGGUUGUGGAAUAAUGUCCUGGACUUUCUUGCGUUCGCAUUUAUUUUGUGACUUGAUUAGCUUGAGGCCAAUUAUAAUGUUGCGUGUUUCCAUAAUCUGGGUGUGUAGAUUUAUUUUAACAGCAACAGGGAAGGACAUUGCUGAGCUGAGGGGGAGAAUGUUGAGGUCUUCGCCACCAUCUCAGCAAUUAACUCCAGCUGGAAUCAAAUCAGCAAAAUCAA